AUGGAAGGGAUUAGUUUCUCCAGCAACAAGCGGCUCGCCAACAUAGCAAAAGGGCUCGCCAACCUCGCUUUCAAGCCACGUCGCGCCGUCAACCGCAGCGAUCCCCAACAUUCACAUCGGGUGCGGCGCUUCGAGGCGCUCGCCAACGAUAUUUCACGGGCGCUCUUGUCGCCGACGGAACGAGCGCUCGAUGCGCACAUCACUUUCGUGCGCGACCUCAUUGAAGAUGGGCGCGUCUUUAAGCUUCAAACCGAGGAUUACACACAGUGGGUCUUUCUCAACAAGAGUGGCUCGGCGCUCGCGUGGCGCGCACCGACGUGGUGGCGACCGACGCCGGCGCGGCCGUCGACGUCCGCGUAUCUAAGUCACAGCGCGCUGCAGCUAAGCGACGUGGAGGAUGUCGUUUCUACCGCGUUGGAGCCCACGGCGCCGUAUGCUAUCCAGAUUACGACGUCAAAGAAAAUGCUCUGGGUCGCAUGUCGAACCAAGGCGGAGCAAGAGCAAAUGGAAGCCAGUGUCAUGAAACUGGUCCACCAAACCAACCGGCGCCAAGCGGCCCGCAGCAAUUAA